UACACAAAUUCAACUCUUUCGAACUGUUCUUUUUUCUUAAAUUUCACACUAUGUCACUAUCUAAUCUACAAUGUACACAAAUUCAACAACUUUUUUUUGUACUGUUUUGUUCCUUAAAUUUCACACAAUCUAAUCCACAAUUCAACUUGUUUGUUUUCUUCCUAACUUUUUUAAAAAACUCAACUCCUCUUUACUCCCCACUUCCCGCUCUUUAUGCCUUAAACCCCAAAAAUGAACCGUUUUUCCUCCUCCUCCGCCAUUCUCCUCCUUACAUUUCUCAUCUCCACCACCAUCACCGCCGCUACCGCCGCCGUCAACGACAACGACACCGCCGCACUGCUCCUCUUCCGUUCUCAAACAGACAUCCACGGCACUCUCCUACACAAUUGGACUCUUCCAACUAACUCCACCACCGCAUGCACCGCCGCAUGGCUCGGUAUAAAAUGCAUAAACCACCGUGUCUCCGCCGUGAUCCUCCCUUCCUUCAACCUCCGGGGACCCAUCACUGCUCUCUCUUCGCUACCCUUCCUCCGCCUUCUUGACCUCCGUAACAACCGCCUUAACGGUACUCUCACACCCAUUACCCAAUGCAUCAACCUUAAGCUCAUUUACCUCUCCGGCAACGACUUUUCCGGCGAAAUUCCGCCGGAAAUUUCCUCCCUCCACCGUCUCCUCCGCCUCGACAUUUCCAACAACAAUCUCGAAGGUCCAAUUCCAACCCAAAUAUCAAACCUCACCCGUUUACUCACACUCCGUUUACAAAACAAUGAACUUUCCGGAACUAUUCCAAGAAUCUUGAAUUCACUUCAAAAUCUUAAAGAACUAAACUUUUCGAAUAAUGAGCUUUUUGGGUCUGUUCCAAAGAGUUUAUACAACCGUUUUGGCGAAAAUAGUUUUGCUGGAAAUGAAGGUUUAUGUGGAAUUGGCAAUUUACCUCAGUGUUCAUACAUAGGUGAAACAGAAUCACCACAAACAGUUCCUUCAAAUCCAACUUCUUUACCUUCAAUUUCAACUGAAGAACCGGCGAAAAAAUCGCGAAAAGGUUUAAGCAAAGGAGGGGUAGUAGCAAUAGUAAUGGUGAAUGUAGUAGCAUUGUUAAUUGUAGUGUCAUUUGUAGUAGCAUAUUAUUGUGGGAAAUAUUCAAGAGAAAGUUAUUCAAUGUCAGGAGGAAGUGAAUGUGGGAAAAGAAGGAGUAGUUAUUCAAGUGAAAAAAGAGUAUAUGCUAAUAAUAAUGGUGGAGAUAGUGAUGGAACAACAACUACUGAUAAGAGUAAGCUUGUGUUUUUUGAUAGGAGGAAACAGUUUGAACUUGAGGAAUUGUUAAGAGCAUCAGCUGAAAUGCUUGGGAAAGGUUGUUUAGGAACUGUUUAUAAAGCAAUUCUUGAUGAUGGUUGUACUGUUGCUGUAAAAAGAUUGAAAGAUGCAAAUCCAUGUGCAAGAAAGGAGUUUGAGCAAUAUAUGGAUGUUAUUGGGAAGCUUAAACAUCCUAAUAUGGUGAAACUUAGAGCUUAUUAUUAUGCCAAGGAAGAGAAAUUGCUUGUCUAUGAUUAUUUGCCUAAUGGGAGUUUGCACUCACUUCUUCAUGGGAACAGAGGACCAGGUAGAAUUCCAUUGGAUUGGACAACAAGAAUUAGUUUAGUACUAGGGGCAGCUAGAGGGCUAGCUCAUAUACAUGAAGAGUAUGCAGAUUCUAGAAUUCCACAUGGAAAUGUGAAAUCAUCCAAUGUGUUGCUUGACAAAAAUGGAGUGGCUUGUAUUUCUGAUUUUGGGUUGUCAUUGCUAUUGAAUCCUGUUCAUGCAAUAGCUAGAUUGGGAGGAUACAAAGCACCUGAACAAGCUGAAAUCAAGAGGUUAUCUCAAAAGUCUGAUGUUUAUAGCUUUGGAGUUUUGUUAUUAGAAGUGCUUACCGGUAAAGCUCCCUCAGAGUACCCUUCACCGACUAGGCCACGCGUUGAGGAGGAAGAAAUGGCUGUCGAUUUGCCUAAAUGGGUUCGAUCAGUAGUCAGGGACGAGUGGACUGCUGAAGUGUUUGAUCAAGAAUUGUUGAGGUACAAGAACAUUGAGGAGGAAUUAGUGUCAAUGCUACAUGUAGCUAUGGCUUGUGUUGUGCCACAACCCGAAAAAAGGCCUACAAUGGUUGAAGUGGUUAAGUUGAUUGAGGAGAUCAGAGUUGAACAAUCUCCAUUAGGUGAAGAUUAUGAUGAAUCGCGCAAUUCUCUAUCGCCUUCCCUUGCCACCACCGAAGAUGGACUGCCCGGUUACUAAUUUUCGUCUUCUCGGGUGUUUCACAAUCCCAGUGUAUGUUCAAUUUGCAGCAUCUUACUGCAAAUAGUAAUGGACUUAUGUUUCUUAUGGUAUGUUAGUAGUUAUAUGGUUGCUUUUUGUUAUUCCAAUUAUUUCACUUAUGGGAAGUCUGAAGAUGGAACAAGCCUAAGAAGUGCAGGAAUCAGUCCAUUGUGUAGUUUUCCUUAAUGUAAUGUAAUGUUAAUUCUUUGUAUUUAAUUCAUUUGCAAGAUUGUGUUCCAAGGCAAAGCUUCAAUAUA